GGCUGGACAGGGUUCUGACAGCUCUUUGUUUCCUUUGCCCGUGUUUGUAGUUCGUGCUUGUGUUUGUGUGGUUCUGUUCGUAUCACAGAUGAUAAAAUGUCUAAAUGAAGCGUUCUUUUUUUUUAUUUAUUUUCUAUUUUUUGCUUUAAGUUAGGCACCGCUGCUUGUUCUCACUUCCAUUUUGGAACAUGGAUGCUCGUUCCUGCCUGGGGUUGCUUGCAUUCAUAUCUGACACACUUGUGUUGCCUGCACUUCCCUGGAUUUAAUCCAGUGUGCCGACCUGGGUCUGGAUGUUUGCUUAGAACUAGCUUAACUUUUUGGGGAUUUUUGGGUGGUGCUUUGUGGAGCCAGGAGUUGGACUCAUUGAUCUUUAUGAGUCCCCUCCAACUCGGGAUAUUCUGUGAUCAGGAGUAGGGUCUGGAUCCCUCCUCAGCAUACACAGGGCCCUGCUCAUUGCUCCAUUUUUCUUAAAUCCUGGGGGGAAAACAAAACAAAACAAAAAACAAACUGUGAUGGUUAAAGGGGUUAUGAUUACUUGGGAAGAAGCAGGGAAGGAGUGCUGACACAGGCCGGCUGCAGGCAUCACUGUACUGGUUUUGCUCUGUUGCCUAAGUGGCUUGGUGCUAUAAAUGCUGAUGUUUCUCUCACUGAGGUGAGAAGAGGAAGGAGAAAUGCUAACACAAGCACAGAUUGUUUUACCUCUUGAGUGUGACUGUCACCUGUUUAUCACUACAUUUGUCUUAGGUGUUGCUAACUGGAGUUCACAAGAACCAAAGCUUUCCUUUUAAGUCAGUUUUAGUGCAAGAAGUUUAUAGCUAUGCCAUCUUUCUCCUGGAAGGUGGGUUUCUACAAUACAAAAAGAAGACCUGUAGAUUCUUUUAAGUAUCUUCUUUAAUUUUUACAUCAGUGGUAUUUCAUACUCAGUGUUAGCUUGCAUGGAAGAGUUCUGAAAUUAAGAGAAGUCAGAUGGCUUUGCAGUUUGUCAGGUGCGAUAGAUUACCAUGAAGCCCUAAUCACUGUGUAUUGUGACUUUUCCUUUUUUUUUUUUUUUUCCCCAGUUGCUUUUAGGUAUCCAGGAAUUUUACCUAAGUUAAGAAAUGUACACUGAAGAAAAGAAAAUCACCCUUGGGUCUUCAGUGUUCGUAUCUGUGUGAAAGAUUCUAGGAUGUUCCAUGAAAACACAUCAGCAGAUUGCUUAACUACAGUAACAACUUCUACUGAAGAUGGUGCUUUCCAAACGAAAGGCCAUAAUAUGAGACUCCUUAGCCCAGAAGAAGCAGAGAGACUGGCAAAAGAUCGGGUUUUGGUGUCUGACUUCAAACAGCUGAAAUUGGAAAAAGAGGCACAGAAGAACUGGGAUCUUUUUUACAAGAGAAACAGCACCAACUUCUUCAAAGACAGACACUGGACAACCAGAGAGUUUCAAGAAUUAAAAGCAUGUCGGGAGUUUGCAGACCAGAAACUGACCAUUUUGGAAGCGGGCUGUGGGGUUGGAAACUGCUUAUUUCCACUCUUAGAAGAAGAUCUGAAUAUUUUUGCAUAUGCCUGUGAUUUCUCUCCUAGAGCUGUUGAAUAUGUGAAGAAAAAUUCCCUGUAUAGUACUGAAAGAUGCAAAGUGUUCCAGUGCGAUCUUACCAAAGAUGAUCUUCUGGAAAAUAUACCAGCAGAUUCUGUGGAUGUCGUCACCCUUAUAUUUGUGCUUUCUGCCAUUCAUCCGGACAAAAUGCAUCUUGUCUUGAAGAACAUUUACAAGGUAUUAAAACCAGGCAAGUGUGUCUUGUUCAGAGACUAUGGACUGUAUGAUCAUGCAAUGCUCAGGUUUAAAUCUGGCAGCAAACUUGGAGAAAACUUCUAUGUUAGACAAGAUGGGACAAGAUCAUAUUUUUUCACUACAGAGUUCUUGUCUCAGCUCUUCAGGGCAGAGGGAUAUGAGGAAGUGGUCAACGAAUACGUGCACCGAGAAACUGUGAAUAGGAAAGAAGACUUGCGUGUUCCAAGAGUUUUUCUUCAAAGCAAAUUUCAAAAGCCUUUCAGUGUAAAUAAUGUGGACUCUGGUUGAAGAUUUUCCUGCAGUUAUGGAAUCCUAAACAUCACUCUCCUCUGUGGGAUUCUCCAGUGUGCUCUACUAGAACCACAUGUGUUAAGAGAAUC